UACACUUGGUUCGAUGGCCUUAGUGAAUGUUUAAAAAUGAACAUGACGUUGGUGUCAAUUGAAACACAACAUAAAUCGGAGGAAAUAAAUACUCUAGUAAAAAGUAUUUUUAAUAAAAAUGUUAUUCUCUGGGUUGGAGGCAUUUUAACCCAUUACCCCGAUGCACGUAACUAUAUAUGGAUAAGUACAGGGGAAAAAUUCAGUUAUACCUUUUGGAAACAUCAAAAUCCAGAUUUUUCUCUCAAUAAUGAGUAUUGUAUACAAUUGGUUUCUGCCUCAAAUAUGGAAUGGAAUGAUAAUGUAUGUGAAGUUAAAUAUGGUUUCAUAUGUGAAUAUACCCGAGAAAGUUUUAAGGUGCAGCAAUAUAAGAAUGAACUGGAACGAAAAUCUCCAGAAAUGUCAACAAGAUUUAAAAGACAUAUUGAUCUUAGAGAUAACUUUAAAAUGGUGGCCAAAGAAACUCCAAGAUUUGCAAGAAGAACUGGUGAAACUUAA